UUUCGCGUUUGUGUAAACGAACGCUUUUUUCAGUUCUGUUUGAUAACAAUAUUGUUAAAGUUUUGAAUUUUUAAUAACUAAGUAAUGAAGUUUUCUACCUUAACAGGUCUUGAGCUAUCCAGUGUAUGGUAUUUUUGUUUUAUAAUUGUUGUUGUGAAAUCAUCGGAAGAUCCACACCAAUGUUCUGAUAAAAUCUGCCAACGAGACUCUCAACACGAGAAAACCAAGUAUUCAAUCAAAGACUCUUGGCAGUCCUACAUUGAUAAGAUCAAUCAAGCUGUCAGUACAUACAGGGGCUGCUCUAACAAGGGGUGUGGAUGCUACAAAGACGUUAUUGAAGACGACUUGAGAAGAUGGAAAGAUGGUAUCAACAAGUCUGACUUUGAUGCUGCCAGAUCCAGAGGAACACACUAUCAGAUCAUUAACCACAUGCUUUAUAGAGAGGAUGAUUGUAUGUUCCCAUUUAGGUGUAAAGGCAUUGAGCAUUUUCUAUUAGAGGUCAUUAACAAGCUGCCUGACAUGGAAAUUAUCAUAAAUACUCGAGACUGGCCUCAGGCAGCAGUAUGGGGUCCAGCACUUCCAAUAUUCUCAUUUAGUAAGACCAAAAAUGAGAUGGAUAUUAUGUACCCAGCAUGGACGUUCUGGGAAGGAGGGCCAGCUGUGUGGCCCAUAUAUCCAACGGGGCUUGGGAGAUGGGACCUCAUGAGAGAAGCCCUGGACAAAAAAAGUCAAGAAUGGCCAUGGGAAAAGAAAGAGAGCAAAGCAUUUUUCAGAGGUUCAAGAACAAGUGCAGAAAGAGACCCUUUGGUACUUUUGUCAAGGAAACACCCUGAGCUGGCUGAUGCCCAGUACACAAAGAAUCAAGCAUGGAAAUCAGAUGCAGACACACUACAUGCCCCACCUGCAAAAGAAGUACCUCUGGAGGAUCACUGUCAGUACAAAUAUCUGUUCAAUUUCCGUGGUGUGGCGGCCAGCUUCCGUUUCAAGCACCUGUUUGUCUGCAAAGCUCUAGUCUUCCAUGUGGGAGAUGAAUGGCAGGAGUUUUUCUAUCGUGCUCUUAAACCCUGGGUCCACUACAUCCCUGUUGAGACUGACCUCUCUAAUGUCAGGGACUUGAUUGAGUUUGCCAAAGCCAACGAUGGCAUUGUCAAGGGAAUUGCUGAAAGGGGUUACACAUUUAUUAUGGAUCAUCUAAGAAUGCCUGAUAUUCGAUGCUACUGGAAAAAAGUUCUCAAGAAAUAUGCUUCACUCGCCAAAUGGAAAGUUAUCAGGAACCAGAAGUACAAGCAAAUCCGCCCAGAAUAGCAGGGGUCAUCCGUGAACAAUCCACGCGUUUAUCCACCACACCCAUACGUAACUUAUACACUUUUUAAUUGAAUUUGUAUGGCCGUGAUAACAAUGGAAAAUUAAAAGAUAUCCUAUAAGUA